UUUAUUUCCUCGUCUCUACAGCUGAGGCCUCAAAAAUGGAACUUGACAUCCAGUGCCAAGAAUUUGAUGAAUCAAAAUGGAAAGAACUUGUUUCAUCCCUGAACCAGUACAAAACAAUUAGAUUGGAUGACUGCGGUCUGGGAAUUAGUUGUUGUGAAGAUCUUUCUUCUCUUCUGAGUACCAACCAAGCACUGACUGAGCUGAAUUUAAACAACAAUGAACUGGGAGACUCUGGUGUAGAUGUGCUAUGCAAAGGAUUGUUAAACUCCAGUUGUAAUCUUCAAAAACUCUGGUUACGGAACUGCAACUUAACAGAAGCUUGCUGUGAGAAUCUUACUUCUGUACUUAAAAGCAAACCAUCUCUCACAGAACUACACCUGGGAGACAACAGUUUGGGCACAUCAGGUGGAAAAGUAUUGUGCCAAGGACUUGUGGAUCCAAACUGCCAACUAGAGUCACUUCAACUACAAUACUGUGAACUCACAAAGGAAAACAUGGAAGCUCUUAGCUCUGCACUGCGUUACAAAUCAUCCCUGCACACGCUCAACCUGAGUAGCAACAAGCUAGGAGAUGAAGCAGUGAAACAUCUCUGCCAAGCCUUGCUGGAUGGCCCUUGUAACCUGCAAUCACUACAACUGGAGGGCUGUGACAUCACACAAGCUAGUUGUGAGGACCUCAGUGCUGUCCUCAGUAAUAAGCCAUCCUUGACAGAAUUCUGCAUUGGAGAAAACAGUAUUGGUGAUGCAGGUAUAGCCAUCCUCUGCCAAGGUGUCCAAAAUCCAAACUGCAAAGUAGAGAAGCUGUGGUUGUGGGAAUGCAAUAUCACUGCUGCUGGUUGCAAGGAACUCGCCAAAGUCAUUGGCACCAAAGAGACACUCAAGGAGAUGAGCCUUCUGGGAAAUCCUCUGACAAAUGAAGGAAUUGAAUUCUUAUGUCAAGGACUGAAGGAUCCACAAACAAAAUUCCAGUCUAUAUGGUUAAGAGAUUGUGGCUUGACUGCAGCCUGCUGCAAGAGUAUUAGCUCUGCUUUGAGUAUGAACGGUGUCCUAAAAGAGCUGCAUCUGGAUGGCAACCACAUUGGUGAUGAAGGAGUGAUUGACAUCUGUGAAGGUGUGAGAAGUUCAGCCUGCAAACUGGAAUCCCUCUGGCUGGGGCACUCGAGUCUUACAGCAGUUUGCUGUGAAGCACUUGCCAGAGUUAUAGUUGAAAAACCAUCUCUACUGGAACUGGAUGUAAGCUACAGCCAAAUAGGAGAUGAGGGUGUGUUUAAGCUGUGUGAAGCAGUGAAAAAUCCAAACUGUAACCUGAAAUAUCUAAUUUUGUACGACAUUUACUGGACUUCUCAAGCAGAGAAGGAGCUGAGGGCUCUGGAACAGCUGAAGCCUGAAUUUCAAGUUGUUUCAUGAGUGGUGCAGCUUUGCUGGGGCCACUUCUGCUGCCUUGCCUUCUGUCGAUCUUCUUUUUGUAAACCGAGUUAGCAGCCCAGUGAUGGAUUUUCUUGAUUCCAGAGUCAUGGACGCGACGUGGUGUACCAAGACAUUCCAUUCCACAUUAGGGAUAUGAUAAAAUGGUGAGGUGGUUCUGGAGAAAGCCUUUAGGUCUCUCUCAUGUAAAACCAUGUUGGUGGGCUUUUUGCCAUUUGAAAAAUAAGAGAGAAGAAGAGUAGGACAAAGUAAAAUAAAUUUCUUGCCAACUGUCACAAAGCAAUAAUAUAGAUAGUGCUAAUUUUUCCCAGGAUAGGAAUUAAGAGAUUUUUAGAUAAUAAUUGGCGAUAAUACUGCGAUAGCCAACAUGAUAACACAGUAUGUGUCUCCCUUAAUUGCAGUUCAUAUAUUCUGCUAAAAGUACAAGUGACCUUCAUAUCUCUCAGCCUAUGUAGCUUUAUUAAAAAAUAAAGUUUGAUCACAAAGAU